CCCACUUCGCGGAACUCAUGUAAAUAUUUUUAUAGAGAUUUUAAAUACUUGCAUCAUUCAGACUUUUAGAGUGAAGUUGUGAUUCUUUUUGUUCCUGCUUUUGUGAAAGGACAGUUGGACGACAUAGGACGAGUAAGGGCCAAUGACUUAGGAUACACUUCGGCGUAUGAUAACAGGCAGCUACUGAUCGAUAUCACAAUGGCACAGUCACUGUUAGCCCAGUCAGCUCUCUUGUCAUUGAACUCUAUGGGUCAUACCUCAAAUCUGAGAAGAUUCCUUUUGAAAUUGAGCAAACAAUUGACCGAUGACAACGUUGAUGACUUAAAGUACUUAGUAGAGGACUAUGUUGAUGGCGCCCCUAAUAUAAAGAACGCACUUGAUCUGUUUAGAAAGCUACAGAAAGUUGGUGUUAUAUGCGACACAAACGUUGACAAGUUGAUUGAACUAUUGAGAGAAAUUGAGAGAGAUGAUCUCGUUCAAAAAGUAAUUACCUUUAAAGAAGAUAAUAUAGAGGCCGUCUUUGCGAUGUCUAUGCCAGCUUAUAGACAACCACAGCGUCUUGAUAUCUCGUCAGAACCAGUGUCAGCUAAUCCAUCUGUUCCAACCAAUGGUGGCUUACUUGGACCAGAUAUGCCAAACAAUGAGCUGAAAUUCGAUCGAGAUAAAUCAGCCAAUUCACUACAUGGACCAAAAAUACCAGCCAAUGAACCCAAAUCAACUAUUCCAGGACACCAGGCUGAUCAAGUUGCAAUAAGUAAUGCCCUCGCUACAACAUUUUCUGAAAAUGAACCCAGCAAAUCAACUAUUCCAGGACAUCAGGCUGAUCAGGUUGCAACAAGUGAUGCCCUCGCUACAACAUUUCCUGAAAAUGAGCCCAAAUCAACUAUUCCAGGACACCAGGCUGAUCAGGUUGCAAUAAGUGAUGCCCUCGCUACAUCAUUUCCCGAAAAUGAACCCAAAUCAAGUAUUCCAGGAGAUCGAGCUGAUCAGGUUGAAAC